AUGAAUAGGAUUGGAAGUGAUGAGAGCUUAACGGGAUUAAAUGGUGAAGCCGCUUUAAUUGCAAGAGAAAAGCUACAAGAAUUACUUAAAGAGUAUCAUCCUGAGCCUUACAUAUCGUCCAAUCAGUCAGAAAAGUGCUUAAAUUAUAUAAAGAAUCAGCUAAAAUAUCCAACAGUCAAUGAUCAGUCGAUAGUACCUUCUACUACAGUUAUUGCUCCACCUUCUUUUCUGACCGCGUGUAAAGAUACAGUAUUAAAAUACACGAUUCACGAUUAUUCUUCAUAUUCUCUGUACUAUCAUCCACAGAACGUGCUUACAGAUAGGCCCAUGGAACAGCUAUCUCGUUGGUCUAGUAGCGCACGCGAUAAUCAGCAAUACAUCACCAUCAAAUUUAAAAGACCAGUGAUUGCACGCUCUAUCACUUUUGGAAAAUACCAUCAAAGUCAUGUAUGCAACUUGAAGGAAUUCAAAGUGUUGGGCGGUUUGGAUCUGGAAAGUGAUAUGCUUGAAUUAUUUCAUGGUGGUUUAAAAAACGACACCAAGUCCGAAACAUUUGAUUUGAAGCAUCAGUAUAAGAAUAUGGUAGUUCCUGUUCAGUAUAUCAAGAUUAUCCCUUUAGCAGCUUAUGGCUCAAGUUUUAAUUAUAGCAUAUGGUACUUGGAAAUACGAGGCAUAGGUGAUAGAUCGAUUGUAAACAAAGUAUUUCAAGAAUACAAAGAUUUUAAAGAAGCAGAAACACUACGAUUAUGUUUGAAAUACUUUAGACAAAAGAACAUGAUGGAUGUCUUUCACGUCUUAAAAAAUAGAAUAGACGUUCACUUGGAACAUCCUAUCCUCUCCAAUUUACAUUACCAAUUUGUAGCAUGUGGGAACUUUGACGAUGCUGAAAAAGUAGUAAAGGAGCUGUACGAUGCAAAUAUAUUUCAAGCUUACUGCGACAAAUCAUCUUAUAAGGCUCACUGGAAGCAUUUGAAGUCUACAGGCGAACACGGAGUGCCUUGUGGCAGAGGAGGCCACCAAAUGUGCAUUGACGUAAAAGAAAAAGCUAUUUAUGUGUUGGGAGGAUACGAUGGUGGAGAAGAUCUGGGUGAUUUUUGGUGUUAUGACAUUGUGAGUAGUUCAUGGCACCUUUUGAGUUCAGAUACAGAGAGUGAUAAAGGGCCAGGCCCAAGAUCUUGCCAUAGAAUGUGCUACGAUCCUCAAACGGACGCACUCUUUGUCCUGGGUCAAUAUGUGGGUCAAACAUUACAAUCGUCACCAGUAGAAUCAGAUUUUUUCAUGUAUGAUCUCAAACAGAACAAAUGGAUACAGUUGUGUGACCAUACAGCAAAACAUGGAGGACCAGAGCUAGUAUUUGAUCACCAAAUGUGCAUUGAUUCUCAUGAAGGAAAGAUUUAUGUAUGUGGUGGUAAAGUCAUCAAUCGUGGUCCCGAUGUGCCAGUACACAGUGGAUUUUAUGCGUACGAUAUAGCAUCAAAAGAAUGGGACAUCCUAAGGCUCGAUGAUGCAGAUACGCACGACGGUUCAGUGACAAACAGAGUGGGGCAUUCAAUGGUUGUUGAUAAAACCAACAAGACUAUCUACAUAUUUGGUGGCCAACGCGGCUAUGAAUACUUUUAUGACAUGUAUAAAUACAGCAUCCCACAAAACUUUUUUCAAGAGAUAGACUACGGGCAUGCAAGUGACAUUAGCGCAGAAGCCGGCUUGACGCAACGUGUGACAAUAGAUGAGGAACUUCAGGAAAUGUACAUUUUUGCAGGAUACACACGUAGUUCUAGACUGGAGCGAAUAAGGGACGUGAUUUAUGUGUACUCGAUCAAGGCAAACGCGUGGGAAAAAGUGUAUGAGCACGAAAUACUGGAGUGCCUGCCGUCAAGGUCAGAUGUGCCGAUACCGAGAUAUGCUCAUCAGAUGGUAUAUGAUCCUGUAUCCAAGACACAUUAUAUGUUUGGCGGAAAUCCAGGAGGUAAAGGCGAUUUACCUACAAGGUUGGAUGACCUCUGGGAACUAAAAUUAAGAAGACCAGAGGCAAGUACAGUAUACAACCACUGUCUAUUUCUGAUACGCAUGCAAAAGUUGAGAGAACUGUGUCGUGAAACGGUUCAAACGUUAAGAGAGACAGGAGAUAUUGAUCAAAAGGAGACCAUGGCUACUAUUAACUAUUUGCGUACAAGCGUGGCUUCUGUUGUUAAUUAUAAUGAUGAGGAGCAAGUCAAUGAGUUUCAUGAGAUAUGUGCUAAAAUCUGUCUGUUUGAUACACUUGAUGAUGAUAGGUCCGGUUACAGCGGGCAUGAAUCUGUAUCAGAAGAUGCUAUAUACGCGGAAAGAAGUCAGAUACAUGAAAAAAUAUUAAAGUACAUUCCUCAAGAGAUAAAAGAGCCUGUAGAAAACCUGACUAAUGCAGUCAAAAUAAUAUAA